UCUCCUUCUAAAUUAAUGAAUGAAUUGCAGGAGUACAUAAGGAGUCGCAGGGGAGUGCAGCUCUUUACAUGCAGAUGGCUUCCUGUCCUCCCCCCAAAGGCCCUGGUUUUCCUUUGCCAUGGAUACGGCGUGGAGUGCAGUAGAUUUAUGAGAGGCGUCGGGAGGAGACUCGCGUCGGCCGGAUUCGGGGUGUUCGGAAUGGAUUACGAAGGCCAUGGCAGAUCGAAGGGGGCACGUUGCUACAUCAAGAAAUUCAGCAACAUCGUUAACGACUGCGACGAUUUCUUCAAAUCCAUCUGCGCAACGGAAGAGUAUUGUGAAAAGUCUCGGUUUGUGUAUGGCGAAUCCAUGGGAGGGGCCGUGGCUCUCCUGCUUCACAGGAAGGAUCCAUCUUUCUGGAAUGGUGCUGUUCUUGUCGCUCCCAUGUGCAAGAUAUCAGAGGAAGUAAAGCCGCAUCCUGUUGUCAUCAACUUACUCACUACAAUUGAGGAAUUGAUACCCAAGUGGAAAAUCGUUCCCGCUAAAGAUGUCAUCGACUCGGCCUUCAAAGAUCCAGUUAAGAGGGAAGAGAUUCGAAACAACAACCUCAUAUAUCAGGAGAAGCCGAGACUGAAAACAGCCCUUGAGAUGCUCCGGACCAGCAUGAACCUAGAGAAAAGAAUGAACGAGGUGAACUUACCCUUCCUUGUGCUACAUGGGGAGGACGACACGGUCACAGACCCGGGCGUGAGCAUAGGCCUGUAUGAGACUGCAAGUAGUAGGGACAAGACACUAAAGCUCUAUGCAGGAAUGUGGCAUGGGCUCACCAGUGGUGAACCAGACAGCAACAUUGACAUGGUCUUCGCGGACAUCGUCGCAUGGCUGGAGUCGCACACCAUCCUCUACCCAAUGCCUGGGACACCUGCACAUGCUGUAGUUAACCAGUCUAGCAACUGGACUGGUCAAAGUGGGUUCAAAAAUGGGCGCAGGUCCUCUCGACCGCACCCGCACCAGCGUGCGAGCAUCCUUUGCGGACUAAAGGGCCGAUCCGUGCUUAAUAAGGACAUGUAAGGGUGUAACUGGUCCAAUAAGGUAGCAAUCUGGACCACUUAAUGAUGUGUGUAGGUGAGUCUAUGCCACUAUGCGGCAGACAUGUUCAGACUGCUUAUCUUUCCCUGGAACAUGUAGUUUUUAUGAGAAUCUUUAUACUGCUCA